AAAGCACCAAACACCAAGCGCACUCAUGGCUCUCAGAUUCUCCCAAACCAUACCUGCGGCUGUUCUACUGAUUCUUGCAGUAAUCGGGAUUCUGCUGAUGGUCAUUCCUUGCAAAGAUGUGCUGGUUCCUCCUGAAAACAUGUAUGGAAUUGUGCUGGAUGCAGGCUCCUCUCACACCUCUAUGUACAUCUACAAAUGGCCAGCUGACAAGCAAAAUGGCACUGGUAUCGUUAGUGAGCACGACGAGUGUCAUGCAGAAGGCGGAGGGAUAUCCAGCUAUGCAGGUGUUCCUGGUGGUGCAGCUAAAAGUCUGGAGGCAUGUCUGGAAAAAGCUGUGAAGAUCAUCCCCAAGGCCAGGCACAGCCAAACUCCACUCUGUCUGGGAGCAACAGCGGGCAUGAGGCUCCUGGACCUAGUCAACUCUACAGAGUCCCAACAAGUUCUCAGAGAAGUCAAAAGAAAACUGCAAUCAUACCCGUUCAACUUCAAAGAGGCGGUCAUCCUGAGCGGGCAGGACGAGGGAGCGUAUGGCUGGGUUACAGUCAACUAUUUACUGGGGAACUUUGUCAAGUAUGGUUUUGUGGGCAAAUGGCUGAAUCCAGGCAAGACGACAAUCGGAGCUUUGGAUUUAGGCGGAGCAUCCACUCAGAUUACAUUUGAAACCUCGGAGAAGAUAGAAGACCCACAUAAUGCGAAGGCGCUAAGGCUUUACGGACAAAACCACACACUUUACACCCAGAGCUUCCUGUGCUAUGGCCAAGACCAAUUUCUCAGAAAACUGCUGGCUCUACUCAUCAAGAAUGCAGGUAUAACGUCCCAAGUAUCCCACCCCUGCUACCCCCGACAGUUCAACAUGACUAUCAAGCUAGGGGAGGACGUCUUUGAUUCACCAUGUACUAAGGAGUACAAACCACCUAAAUUUGACCGUAACAAGGUUGUUACAGUUGUGGGAACCGGAGAUUACCAGACCUGCCUGGACAGCGUAAAGGAAAUGUUCUCCUUUGACAACUGCUCUUUCUCCAGGUGCUCCUUUAACGGAGUCUUCCAGCCCAAAGUGACAGGAAACUUCAUGGCGUUCUCUGCUUUCUUCUUCUCUCAUAGCUACCUCACCCGCCUCACCAACAUCACUAUCACUUCUCCCCACAACAUGAAGAAAGCAACCCGUCUCGUCUGCAAUAUGACCAUUUCUGAGAUGAUGGCAAAGACAAAGCAGGCAGCAAAAUACAUGAAGAAUGUCUGUGCCGUAUCCCACUUUGUCCAGGUCCUCUUAAUGGAGGGCUACCAUUUUGAUGAAGCUUCCUUCCCUUCUAUCUCUUUCCAGAAAAAGGCAGAAGGAGCAUCUGUAGGCUGGGCUUUGGGAUACAUGCUGAACAUAAGCAACACUGUGCCUACAGAGAGUCUUGCACUGGGUAAAGCUCUGACCCCAGGGGCAUUCACUGGUGUCCUUAUCAUCUUCAUCAUUCUCAUUUUCAUUACAAUAGGCUACUGUCUAUGGACAUACAAAAAGUCAAAAUCGCAGGAUUUGUAAGUGCAAGGAUACACACCAUCAUGUCCAGUUAGUAUUCACUGAAAGUACUGUAUGCACAUGUUCACACAUAAAAAUAUUUUGUUGCCACUAAUAUGUAAUAAGUGAGGUAAUUAACAUGGUAAAAUGUGUCCUGAGCAAUUUUCUUUGAAAAAAUGAUGUAAUACAAUAAAAGCUUUGAACAACAACAAUUGAAAUCCAUGAA